UUGAUCCCCCUUUAUUCCUACACAAAUCAAGAGAAAAAAAAAAAAGAGCAAGUGAAGAACAAAAAAAUGGUGCUACUAGAGAAACUAUGGGAUGAUGUACUUGCUGCUCGUCACCCUGAUCGUGGGCUUGACAAACUCAAAAAACUUCAAACAAACUUAGCCACUACUCCAGAAGGGGACAUGGCUAAGUACCAACGAUCGGUGUCGAUGCCGCCGUCGUCGGGAUCAACAUCGGCAAUCCCUGCAUCACCUACGUCGCCAGGGACACCGACGACACCGAGUUCAGCACGUAGCAGAGACAACGUGUGGAGGAGUGUGUUCCACCCAGGGAGCAACCUCAAUACAAGAAAUAUUGGAAAUCAGAUUUUUGACAAGCCUACACAAGCAUCCUCUCCUACUGUUUACGACUGGCUCUAUAGUGGGGAGACAAGGAGCAAGCACCAUGUUAAGUGACCGAUUGAGAGGGUUCUACUGCACGUUACUAGUGUUACAAAAUGUUGUAAUAUAGUAUGUUGUUGUUGCUUAUGGAGUUAUUGAUAUUAAUGUACAUAUAAGUGUCUGUUUCGAGACCUGAGAUUUUGUUGUUACGAUGGACUAUGGAGGUGUUAGACUAGAUUUCUUUUGGUGUAUGCUGCUUUUGUUUAGGUUUCUUGUAUUUUCAAUGGUCGUCGUUGACUUGUUGGUGACUGUAAUAGAACUACGAACUUCUAAUCAGAGCUUAUCCAAGUUACUAUUUU